UAGACUACGUACGCGUUCGUACGGUCACUCGGAAUAGCUCACUUUGCGUCAGUUUUGCGGUGUAAUUUGCUUAGUUUUGUUUUUGUUCAGUGGACUUGUCGUGGUUCCGGAUUGUUAAGGCUUUUUAGGGAAAUUUACUUAGUUUCGUGCAAUUUGUGAGAAAAAGUGAAAAACAGAGUGAGCUAAACCAAAACAAAAAAGGGAGGAAAAUCGGCAGCAUAAGAAAAUAUUAAACACAGCAAACAAAAACCGGCCUGUUUCAAGAUUGAUUGCACUUUCCACGCGGUGGUGGCGCUGUUGCGGUAAAAGUGGUGACAUUUAUUGCGGGCUAGUUGUUUUUAUUUUCGUCAGUUGCUGCAGCAGUGAUGCUGGUUACACUUGAGUAUUUUUUUUUGUAACGCAUGGAAGAACAUCAAAGUGGACUAGCUAUGGUGGUGAAGCGCGAUUUUUGAAGAAGAAAAUCGAAACCGUUCGCCGCCCGAUCCCGUAUUGAUUUGGGGCAAGUGCAGUGCGGAAAAUUAGGUGAAAUACCUCAGAGUGAAACAAGAAUGUUAUUGGGCUGCAAGAUAACAGAAAACUUGUUGGAAGAUAUUCGUUUAAGUUUGAAAGAUGUAAAAUUCCAGAAAAAGUGACAAAUCUCAACAGAAGUGCUUUUCGUAACAUUGAUAAGCGAAGGUUCGUCGCUUAACGCUCCCUCGCAAGCGUUAAGGUCUUUUGUGCAAAAGCUCGUGAAAUCCGAGUAGCAUUCAAAAGCAAAACAGGUUGUCACUCUUUCUCUGUGACGGCGACAACAACAACAACAACCGCGAGCUGAAUUGCAUGGAGCUUGUACUGGAUUGACAAGGCUGGAGGAUUAAGGAAAGAUCACUGCCCAUCUCCCAACGGCAUCUAGGUCACCAGCAUUCAAAGCACCACCAACAUUGAACUUGAAUUAAUCCGGCGGCGGCCAUCCGAACCGAUCGAAGAGCUCUCUUUCCACUCCCCAUUAAUGAUCCGGUAAUUUGAUUGUUUUCAUCUCACUCACUACGCUAAUCGAACUUGCAUCACACGGCUGCUGAUAUUACCUGGAUCUUCAGCAGCACACCUUUCGGCCACGAUUUGACCUCGCAAACGUGAAAACAUCGUCCGAAAAUACGAAAAUAAAAGGAGCAAAUUAGCACGAUACACGCAGGCUGGAAAAACUUGCCGAUUUUCCUAGCCCACCGGCGCCAGAUGCCGGGCGGGAAAUCGAGCAAAACCUAAUGGGAACAACCGCCGGAAGAGUGAGGGGAAUCUUCGGCUGCUGGUGAACCGUUAAAUUGCGAGCCAAUUUGCCGGAUUGGUUCGAUUCGAUAGCAACUCGAUCGGAAAACAAACCAACCCGUGAGAUUCAAUCGCGCGCGUGAAUUGAUUUGGGAGUGUGCGAGUGUUUGUGUUUCGUGUGAUGUUUUUACUGGCCCGGAAAAAAUAUGUGUGAACGUGACCCAAUUACGACCGUGGCCGCGCCCCCCUCGGCCACAUUCCAGGCUGUUUGCUCAGGAAAUUGACCAUCCCAAAAAUCUACAGCGAAAAAUGAAUCACCUUGCCCACCACAAGUGAAAACAGUGCCAAGUGACUUGAACGCCAUGCCGUGCGCCGCAAGUGACGAACCCGAAAAUGUGAGGUGCUGCUGGGGGCAAAAUCGCGUGUGACAAUUACCAGAAUCAACCAAAGGAAAACAACAUAAGAGUGUGUCAAAGUGUGACAAAGAGCAUGGUGACGUACAACAUGGACGGGCACCACCAUCCGCAGCGCAUGAGCCGACCGCGGCGCGGUUCCAGCGUGUCGUCCGGCUUCCGGUUGCUGGACGCGGACCAGCUGGACGCGAUGUCCAGCGUGAGCCGCAACUCGAUCUGCAAGCUGCGCAUCGACGCCAUGUUUGACGAUACGAGAUCGAUCCUCAGCCAACGGCUCGACGAUCGUAGCUCGGUAAACUUGGGCCCGCCCGGCCCCGGAGGUCGCCGUCGAUCGUCCUCGAUCCAUGGCGCCGGAUCGAUCAGUGGCGUCAGCCGAAUCGGCGGCGGUGGCGGCGCUGCCAUCAUCAACGAUCGGGACAACCUGGACAUUAGCGGGGUCGCGAACAACCUGCGCGGUCCCGGCAGUGGUACCAGCAGUCGCGGCUCCACGAGCAACAUCGUCCAGGCGCAGAUCGAGCGGAUGUUCAACGAUGUGGCCAAAGAGCACGGGGAUGGGCCGGCGGCAGCGGCCGCGGCUCCGUCCGUCAACGGGCAGACCUUUCAGGUGCGAUGCCUGGGCUCGCUGCCGCUGAAGGACAAGGUGACCAGCCUGGUGGGUCUGCAGGAGCCGCUGUGGCAGCUGUACCUGAGCGGGGCAGGACAUGGGCACCAAAACGCCGGCACGUUGGACAUCAGCACGAUCGGGCUGCGCGUCAAGGCCGCCAACGGACGAGAACCACUCGUGACGCCCUUCCCGAACAUCGCCGUCUGGUCGGCGGUCAAGUUCGUGGUGUCCUCGUCGGAGGGCGGGGCCGCGUUCCUGCCGCUCAUCACCGACCCGGAGAACAUCGACAAGCGGGCGCUUUUUCGACCACUAAGCAGCGCCGCGGACAAGCGUAGACUGUCUUCGGGACUGCACUCGCCGCUGUUCGCCAUCGUCAUGCGCUCCAGCAACACUCCCCGACUGCUCGAGUGCCACGGGUUCGUGUGUCAAACGCCGGAGGAUGCCAUCGUGAUUGCCGCGACCCUGUACCAGAGCCUGAUGGCCCACAUGGGCAGUGAAGAGAACCCACGCUCUCGGAGGCCCAAAAACCGUAACGGCGUCAGCUGCAUGAGCAUCGCAAGCAGUGUGGCGACCACCAACAUCCAUCUGCAGCACCACCCGGGAUCCGAGACCAAGCUGUCCUCGCGGAGGUCUAGCGCCAGCCAGCGCAGUAUGUUGCCACCGCCGCCGAGACCGCCGCGCAAGACCAAACGAACUGCGACCAGUUCGUUGAGCGGCGAAAGUGACACCAUGACCGGAGCCAACGAGGAAACCUCCACCGAGGAGCGCAAGAAGCGCUCGCCCAAGGGCAAACGACCGCCGCCGAUUCCGGUGAAUCCACCGCGUGCGGUGUCCAACCGGCCCUCGCUGGACGAAAUCUACUCCGAUCGGAGUCACUCGAACGAGGACGACACACUGCGGUCCAAAAGUGACGCUGGCGGUGCCGGCGCCGAAGGCAACUAUCCGGCCCUCUCGGAGAACUCCGCCGGGGACAUCCUGACGCGAGUGGCCAUCCCGCGCUCUGGGAGCUUCCUGAACACGGCCGGCCUCACACGGUACAAUCGCGCUACGCGCCGUCACACGGGCAAGGUGGGCGGCGGGGGCGGAUCGCCGCUCGGGUUCAGCGAACUGUUCAAUGAGUUCCGGCUGCAGGAGAACCUGCACUCGCUCGAUGACAUCCUCAAUGCCAUAAUCAACUCGGACGGUAUGUCGUUCAACGAUCUGAAGCCGAUCUACAAGGAGUUUCUGCUCAAGCUGGCCGUCACGCUAACCAAGGACGAGCUGUACCAGCGCUCCAAGAGCAUCAUGCGGCGCCAGAAGAAGAAGAAGCUCAAGCGGAAGAACAGCAACGCGCAGAACCAACGCCGCAAGCUGCUGAUCGGCGCCAAGGGCCUCAAGAAGGUGUUUCGCUUCGGUAGGUUUCGGAAGCAAAAGUCCCUCGAGCGAUCGGACAGCGGGGCCAGCGGCAGCGCCAGCCACGGCGAGCACAACUCCAGCUUCAUCGACGACGGCGAAUCCACGGCGGGACGCAAGCCCGGCAAGCAGCUCGGAUCGUCCGCGGACCAGCUAUCACUGGAUCUUAAGACGUCCGAUAAGAAGGAUCGAUCAAGAAUUGGAACUAGCGGUUCAGAGGUUUCAGAGGCUCGACAUGAGCAUACACUGACGGCCCACCACAACCGGAACAGCUCGAGCGGAUAUGUAUCAUGCUCGGAGUGCAGCUACGAUUCGGACGCGUGCACGUGCACGUCUGCUGAUCGGUGCUACUGUAGCCUGGGAGGAGACGACAUCAACGCGAAGCUGAACGAAGCCAGCAACAGGAACUCGUUGCCGAGCUGCAAGAGUGACGACAAGUGCUACUGCUCGAUGGGAGAAACGCAAGCUGAGGAGGAAGGAUCGACGACCUGGUGCGAUACGGACAGCUGCGCGAGCCACGAGAAAUGCUACUGCGCUCCCCGGCCUGGUCAGGUGCAAAAGUGCGCUACAAAAAGCGCGACUUCGAAGAAGAAUGCCGACAAACUCGGUCUGGACUACGAACUGUUCACCGUUGGAGGUGGAGGCCGUCCAGUGAAUGCAUCGGAAGCACUGAGCGUGAAGAAAACCGUCGAAGUAGCGGCCGUCUUUGCCGAUGUCAAGCUAAGCCAGACGACCGACAUCACGGACAUGAAGAACGAGCAGCAGCAGCAAGCGAAGCAGGACGCAGCCGCGAAGAAGCACGCAGCCAAGAGCGACCACCACGGACACAACCAUCACCACACGCACAACGGUAGCAGCAACCACCACCGAAGACACGCUGGUGACGAGAAACACCUGAAGAAGCCCGUCCACAAGCUGCUCAACAAGAAAGCGCUGGCGGAGCCAACGAUCAACGAGUACCACUACAUCCAGUCGUCCCAGGCGGACGUGGCCACCCGGAAGCAACUGGGCGAGAAAAAGUCCUCCAGGCGGUCGUCCAAACCGGAAAGCUACUACCAGGCGUUGGCCCCACGGGCCACCUCCGGUGGCUCCUCCAUGGGUCUCGAGGAUUCCCUCGGAUAUCUUCCCUAAACCAGGGUACUCGUAACAGUGUAGCUUCUAGAGUUAAUGUUUUAAGCAACGCUUGUAUUCACGCCGAUCACGUUUUUCCUCGGAGUAAACCCAACCAAGGGUGCGUAAGCGACCCACAGGGCAUGGUUUACUCCCAGAGAAGAAUUCGCUUGCCCUAGGUUAAGUUACAUUUCCGUUCUUAUGUUUUUCGAAUCACUACAAACAGAAGCAUUUAUUUUUCGAUGUUGAUACAAAUUGGGUGGUAGUCGUAACUCUUUGUACAUGUAAAAACUAUCCGUAGCUUUAAGGAAAAAACGACGCGCAAUGGGGCUGCAAAAUCGUCCAAUUUUGGGAAAAGCUAGCGUUAACAUCUACGAAUCUAUCAAAAGUCCUUGCAAUACAAUACGCAAACAAUUGAAUAAAGUGAAGGAGCUAUUACACUACGGCAAACAAACAAACAAACUGGAACUUUGUGACAGUUUGCCAGUUUGACUGCUUUGUUUGUUUGCCUGAAUUUGUUGUGUACAAACGUUAGCCUGCAUACAUUUUGUCUU